AUGGAUAACACAGAUAGCAGCCGUCCGCUGCAGGACCCUGGCUCGAAUAACUCACAGACCAAGCUCACUUCCGAGGUAAAGGCAUCAGGAAGACGACAAUCAUCUGAUAAGGAAAGCACUCUAGUCGAGUCCUCCUCACGGCUUGAAGAUCCCGAGUCGCCUGUUCCCGAGAGACGCAAUGACGGCCAAGCAAUGGAUAUGGAAUACAGCGAGGAGCAUGUGGAUGAAAAACAAGAGCCAGAAUAUCUGGAAUCAUGGAGGCUGGCCUUGGUCUUGGCCGGUGUCAGUCUUGUGGUUUUCUGCAUGUCUUUGGACAAUACUAUCCUGGCGACGGCGAUUCCCAAGAUCACAGAUCAGUUCAACUCUUUGGGUGACGUCGGUUGGUAUGGAAGUUCCUACUUGCUGACCUCUUGCACCCUGGUCCUUCCAUACGGCAAGUUCUACACAUUCUACUCUACCAAAUGGGUCUAUCUCAGUGCAAUAGCCGUCUUCGAGAUUGGAUCUUUGAUAUGCGGUGUCGCUCCUAAUUCUGUCGCGUUGAUCAUUGGCCGUGCGGUAGCCGGUUUGGGCGCUGCUGGACUAUUUACCGGGUCGAUCCUGAUUAUCGCCCAGUCCGUGCCACUGCAGAGGCGACCAAUCUACACCGGUUUGUUGGGUGGUAUGUAUGGCAUUUCCAGUGUAGCUGGGCCUCUGAUGGGCGGUGCCUUUACAGACCAUGUCAGCUGGAGAUGGUGUUUCUAUAUCAACUUACCUAUCGGGGCGUUGACUUGGCUAUUCAUCCUUUUGUUUUUCAAGGCGCCAAAAUCAUACAAGGAUAACUCGGGUCUCAAGGAUCAGCUGUCGCAGCUUGAUCUGCCAGGUCUUUUCUUCUUCUUCCCCGCCAUCAUCUCCGUGCUACUGGCUCUGCAAUGGGGAGGCACCAAGUACAACUGGGGCAAUGCGCGCAUCAUCGCUCUGUUCAUCGUUUUCGGAGUUCUGAUUACGAUUUUCAUCGGUCUCGAGCUAUGGGCGCAGGACAAGGCUACGGUGCCUCCUCGACUGAUCAAGAACCGUAACGUCUGGGGCUCUGCAUUUUAUUGCUUCUGUCUAUCGGCUGCGUUCAUGCUGUUUGUUUACUAUCUUCCGAUUUGGUUUCAAGCCAUCAAAGAUGUAUCGGCAACCAAAUCUGGUAUCAUGAAUCUGCCAAUGCUGCUUGGCACAGUUAUUAUGUCCCUCCUGUCUGGUGUCAUGGUUUCUGCGCUUGGCUACUACACACCCUUCAUGCUGAUCUCCUCUGUGAUAAUGACGAUCGGGGCCGGUCUGCUGUCGACAUUGAAGGUCGACUCCGGCCACGCUGUUUGGAUAGGGUACCAGGCCCUGGCUGGCAUUGGGGUUGGCCUGGGACUGCAGCAACCAAUGAUUGUGGUGCAGACUGCGGUUCGAGAGGCCGAUGUCCCCAGUGCGACUUCCAUUGUGAUGUUCAUGCAAACCCUCGGAGGCGCGCUGUUCGUGUCAGUCGGGCAGAACGUAUUCCAGAACCAAUUGUACAAGAAUCUGGCCAUCGAGGCACCUAGUGUCAAUGCUGCCCAAGUCGCAGGUACUGGUGCAACAAUGCUGCGGCACGUUGUUUCUGAGGAUGCGCUACCAGCUGUCCUCGUUGCCUACAGUCACGCCAUCACCGAGUCGUUCUAUGUUGCUGUUGCCAUGGCAGCGGUUUCGAUAUUCGGAGCGAUUCCGGUGCAGUGGCUCUCCGUGAAGGGGAAGAAGAUCGAGACACUCGCAGCUUAG